AAACCCAGAAUUUAUUUUCGGUUUUGUGACUACCCAUUUGUGAAUCUUGGUGAAUUUUCAAUCAUGGCUGUUGAUGAAGCAGAUCCGGAUUCGAGCCCGAUAAAGAUUCGAGAAGUAUGGGCUAAUAAUCUUAAAUCCGAAUUCGAACUCAUUUCAACUGUGAUUGAUCAGUACCCUUUUGUAUCUAUGGACACAGAAUUCCCCGGUGUUAUCUACACGCACAAUCCCGGGGAACACGCGCAGGCGUCGACGGCGGACAAGUAUACGCUGUUGAAACGGAACGUCGAUGCUUUGAAUAUUAUUCAACUUGGGAUUACGCUUUCUGAUUCUGCCGGAAACUUGCCACAUUUGGAUUCCGGCGACCACCGGUACAUAUGGCAAUUCAAUUUCUCGGACUUUGAUGUGGCGCGUGAUAACCACGCUUCGAACUCGAUCGAGCUCCUUCGCCAGCAUGGAAUAAAUUUUGAAAUGAACCGGGUUUUAGGGAUUAACUCGGUGAAUUUUGCCGAGUUGAUGAUGUCCUCAGGGUUGGUUUGCAAUGCCUCAGUGAGUUGGGUGACUUUUCACGGCGCGUACGAUUUCGCGUACUUGUUAAAAAUCCUCACGCGCCGUCAAUUGCCCGGCGGGUUAAAUGACUUUUUGGGAAAUCUCAGGGUGUUUUUCGGUAAUACAUGUUAUGAUGUGAAGUAUUUGAUGGGUUUCUGUGGACAUCACGGGGGUUUAAACCGGGUGGCAGAGGCUUUGGCCGUGAACCGGGCGGUCGGAAAAAGUCACCAGGCCGGUUCAGAUAGUUUGCUGACGUGGCAUGUUUUUCAUAAAAUAAGGGAUAAUUCUUUUUUUAAAGGUGAACUGGAGAAAUAUGCUGGCGUCUUGUAUGGGUACGAAGUGUAA